AAUUCACUGACUUUUAUGACAUUUUUUACAAAAUGCUUGGCUCGUUUUGUAGAGAAUCUCUGGAAACUUUGAGAAGGAAAGUAAGAGCUUCAACAAAAUUCAGAAUAAAUAAAUUCUCAACCUAUAAUAAAGACCAUACAAGUUAUGAAAAGGACGAAUUCCGUUUAUUUUCAAGGGGAGAAAUCGAGAGAUUACCGUUUUCUGAUCCUUAUUUUGAACACAUUCAAGCCAACUAUUUGGAUGCUCCCUUGGAUUUGCGUACAAGCUGCGUAUCAGAAUCACCUCUUCUUACCAGAAAUAACGUAGGAUUAGGGUUUCUAAUACUCAAUAGUGAAUAUAUUGGAAGUAACUGUGUUUCAAAUUUAUAUCGCGAGUUACUUGAUUUAGAGAAUAAUGUGUACAAAAGAUUUGUUGUUCUCACUUCCAUGAACAGAGUUGUUUUUUCUAAAGGGCUAGAUCCCUCUGAAGUUCACUUGUUUCAUGAUUCUAUUCUUAAAUUAACCAGGUUGAAGGAAACACCUUUGAAGAAAAAUCCAGAUUUUAAAUUGGAUUUGAUAAAUUCAAACCUGGAACGGUUUAAAAAAGCACUAGAAGACUACGUUAAAAAUGUUUUACAUCUUUUAUACCUCAUUAAAACAUACCGGAAACCCCUAGUUAUAUACGGCAAUGGCCAGAUGGAGUCCUUUGGCUCAAACAUGUGCUUCAUAUCCUCCUUUUCUUCAUGCUAUAAGCACUCAACAUAUCAAGCUAACACAGAUGAAACGCCUUUUAACAACUUCGGCUCCACUUUUGUGUUAUCGAAUUUAAGAGGAAACUUGGGAGAAUAUUUACUGUUAACAAAUGAUAAACUAGUCGGGGAGGAUUUAAUCUGGUCUGGCUUGGCUAAAAAGUUCAUUGAACCUAAUUCCAUCAACACUAUUCAAAUAACUUCAGACAGACUGGUUGAAUUACCGGAGAAAUAUGUUGAAACCUACAUCAAUGAGUUUAACAUCAACUUGAGUUCCCCAGAUUUUAGGCUUAAGAAUUACGAAAGUGCGAUCAACAACCACUUUAAACAUGAUAAAAUCAAGGAUAUCAUAGCAAGUGUCAAAAGCUCUUACAAUAAAGGCAAAAGCAAAAAUGAAAACGACUCAAAUAUCUCAAAUUUCGAGCAAACAAUUCUUGAGAAUUUUUCCAGGUUUACUAGCACUAAAACUACCAACUAUGUUCUUGCGGGCAUGCUUCAUAUUAUUAAAAAACUAAAGGCCUUGAAGUAUAAAAUACUUUCAGAGCUGAAGAUAGGCGUGAAUGAGUGGAGCAGUAUGGUAAACUUGUCUUACAAGAGUACCAGUACUAUAAAGCAAGAAAAUGCUAAACUACUGUAUAACCUAAUCAUGGAGAUUCUCUUAAUAGAGUCUUUGAGGCUGGAAUCGAACUUGUUUUUCAAGCCUUUUAAGAUGGCUGUGGAUUUUUCAUCAGUUUUUGACCACUUAUUUGAUAGGAGCACAGGUAAUUACCUCACCCAUGAGUCAGGGCAUAUAAAAGAUUCGUUGUUGCGCAUGAAACAACUCUUAAACAUAAAAUAGAAUAAUAAUAUAUUAAAA